AUGUUCGUGAAGCCGGAGAGUCUGGAACUGAAGGAGGAGGAAGCGCUGUUGCUGGGCGCCCGCUCCUCGCUCGCUUCUUCGUCCUCCUCCUCCUCCUCCUCUCUCACACAGUUCUCCUCCGGCUCCGAGGGGGAGGACGACGAGGACGACGAGCCGUCCCAGCCGGUCUCCCCCUCGGGGCAAGCGGGCGAUGUGGCCUCCGGGGAGGCCGCCGAGCAAGCGCGCCUGCGCCAUCUCGGCUUGAGACGGCACGACUGCAAGAGGCGCUCGGGCCGGGCGCGGAACGGCGCUCGGUCCACCAAGACGGCGGAGACGGUGCAGCGGCUGAAGAAGAGCCGCCGCCUGAAAGCCAACAACCGCGAGCGGAAUCGGAUGCACAACCUGAACGCGGCGCUGGACGCCCUGCGCGAGGUGCUGCCCACGUUCCCCGAGGACGCGAAGCUCACCAAGAUCGAGACGCUGCGCUUCGCCCACAACUACAUCUGGGCGCUCAGCGAGACGCUCCGCUUAGCCGACCACUGCGGCGGCGGCGGCGGCGGGGCGGUGGGAGGGGCCGCGGCGGCCUUCUCCGAAGCCGUGCUGGGAAGCGCCGACUGCAGCCCGUCUCCCGCCUCCUCCUGGAGCUGCACCACCAGCCCGGCGCCCUCGGCCACCUCGUCCACUUACAGCUGUACUCUGUCGCCCUCCAGCCCCGGCAGCUCCGCCUCGGAGCUGGACUACUGGCAGCCGGACAAGCCGCGCUUUGUGCUGCCCAGGGAGUUGAUCUGA